AUGGAUCCAGUGACAGAAUCUGGGCACCAUGGGCGCGGGAUCUCGAUCAAAUGUGACCGAGGUUCGCCCUGUUCCAGCUGCAAGGCAUCUAACACUGUUUGCCACACGACAAGAGGUCCUCUACAGAAACGGCAGCGGGUUCUAAUCUCGCCUCGCUAUGAAGAAGAGAUCGCUACCGUCAGCAGUCGUCUUGCUAGGCUUGAGACCCUGAUACAGACCGCACUCACAAAGUUGGGCUCACCAUUGGAGACGGACAGAACCCCAAGCAUACUUGAGAACCCUCCUCAUGUCCCAGGUAGUCUCUCUUUCGAAGGUGACUCGUCCUUUGCUACACACUCAAAACACACAACGCAAGAAUUCGAGAGACUUAUGGGCGGCUUGCCAUACUCAAAAGAUGGAGAAAAUGCUGUUGCAUCCCUUCGUGCAGCCGUAUAUCCAGGGUCGAUUAACCUCCGAGACCCACAAACCGCAGCCUUGAGACCAGACUUUACCGGCCUGCCUCUUCCUCCCCGGCAACUGGUCAUAAGGAUUCUUGGUUACUGCAAGAACAAUAUCACUCGGUUCUUCAGGGAUUACCCGUUUUUGUCGCUGGCUACCUUUACCGACAUGUGCCAACAGGUGUAUUUCCCAACCGACGAGUGUACAUUGAGCGCCUUCAUCAUUGUCAACUCGGGCCUCUGCAACCUCUUGCGGGAUCUCAACGAUGACACCAUAAAAGCUAUGGGCCUAGGGACCCCGACCGUCGCCAGCAGUAUCUCCAUUUGUGCAACCAACGUCAUGAGGGCUGUGUUGGAUCUGAGAUUGACUCUCGACGCAACCUUUGAGAACAUUUUGGCCUUGUUGCUUUCGGCUUCGACACGGAUGGACUGGUCAAGUCCGUCGUUUGACUGGAGGCUGAUAUCUCAAGCGUCUGUACUCUGUCAGGAAGCAGGCUACCAUCGACUGCCGGCCGCUUCGACAAGUGAGGAAGUCCGCAACAAGUGCUUGGUCUUUUGGUAUGUUUGGGGGUUUGAUGUCAUGUUUUCAUUUAACCUCGGCCGGAGCCCGACCUUGCCGGACCACGACAUCACCACGACUCGACCUCUUUGUCCAGGAGAUAUUGAUAUCACUUGGGGGCAUGGAUUCUUAUCAUGGCUGGAUUCUGUCCGUCUUCAACACGAGAUCUACCAACAUCUGUAUUCUGGCCAAGCCCAGACUCAAUCUCCCGAAACCAAAAUCCAGCAUGCACAAAUAUUCGUCGAAAGACUGUUGGCUAUGAGACAAGACUUUGUGGCGGGCAAGGCUGGGGAUGGAUCAGAGUCAACUAGGGCAGAUGUUACGGCGGCUGAAGAGUCCUUCCAACUCAUGUUCUAUUCUUUGCUGACGUUGGUAUACCGCGUAAUGCCCGUCCCGGAACAAGCUCAUCCACUUCGGUUUUGCGACGACUGCACGUCCGCGGCGAGGGCUGCCCUCAAUAUUCAGAGAAGGGCGUGGGAGAAGAUAGGAGCUCUGAAUGAUGAAAACUGGAAGUUGUUCCUUCACUGGUCAGUGCCCCUUCUGCUCGAGAGUCGUUUGAUUCCACGUACUGAGGUGGCCAGGACUCUCAUCUGCUCCCCCUUUGUGCCAUUCAUCGUCGUUUUCAGCAACGCCAUAGCGACCGGGGACGAAGCAGACCUGCAACUGCUGGAUCAAGUAGUGUCGUCUCUUCAGCAUGCGGCUCAACAGUCGCCGAGUAUUGCAAAACUGCACCAUGUUUGCAACGCCUACCAUCGAGUCGGUAGGCUCUAUUUUGAGGGCGGACAUCGGAAAAGGAAAAGCCUAGAGUCCGGGGAAACCUACAACGGCGUCCAAGGCAAUAGCAAUGAUCUCACCGGUACGCCAUCUACCUUGGAUACCAACAGUGUGCUUCCCAUUAUCACUUGGGACGGCCUGUUUGACGAAUGGAAUCUUGGGCUUGGUGAGGAAAAUGCGCUGGAGGUAAACUCCUUUCUGGGUAACUAUUUUUCGGGAAACCUUGAAUUUUAA